UGGUGGUUUCUUCCCAACGAACAUAUCAAGAGUGAUUCUUGGUUUUUAAAAAUGUCCAUUAUGAAUCCUGUUAAGCAGAGUUUUGGCACUUAAUGCUUUUCUUAACGACACCACGGUACGAGUCCAAGUAAUGAACUCUAAGCGCUCUACAUCUCGCUUCAGAGUAGCAGACACACAACUGGAGGAGGCGACCUUAAGCUUCGCCUCGCUGGAGCGCUGGCCGAGACGUCUGACGUCAGCACGUGACGCACCCGCGCCACCCCCACACCCCGGCCUUCCUCAAACUCCCUGGUGCAGACCCGUGCACCCGGCUGGCGGCCGAUGGGCGAGUCUUGGCCGAAGUUCCUCAGAGGUUUCCCCAGUUACAGAGCUUUCAUUAAGCAGGUUUGGAGCACCGGCGACCAAUAUCUCCUUCCGAGAGCACACGAGGCCCGAACUCUCGACGCAGGACCUCUACUUUCCCUCAAAGGCCCCGACUUUUCUUCGCAAGUGCGGUCCAGGGAAGUGGUACCACCUCGCCACAUUAGACGCGUUUCUUACGUCACUCACGCGCCACCACUGAUUGGCCGGAGCCUAUGUGUUAGUGUUUUGGGACACAUCAGACGUUUUGACAAGAUGCCUGAAAGAAAUAUGAACCAUCUCGAUAAGCAACAGGUUCAACUGCUGGCAGAGAUGUGUAUUCUUAUUGAUGAAAAUGACAAUAAAAUUGGAGCUGACACCAAGAAGAAUUGUCACCUAAACGAAAACAUUGAGAAAGGAUUAUUGCAUCGAGCUUUCAGUGUCUUCUUGUUCAAUGAUGAGAAUAAGCUCCUGUUACAGCAGAGGUCAGAUGCUAAAAUUACCUUUCCAGGUUGUUUUACCAACACUUGCUGUAGUCAUCCAUUAAAUAAUCCAAGUGAACUUGAAGAAAAUGAGGCUAUUGGUGUCAGAAGAGCAGCACAGAGGCGUUUAAAAGCUGAAUUAGGAAUUCCCUUAGAAGAGGUUUUACCAGAAGAAAUUGAUUAUGUAACACGCCUUCAUUACAAGGCACAGUCUGACAGUAUCUGGGGUGAAAAUGAAAUUGAUUACAUUUUGUUCGUGAGAAAAAAUGUAACUUUAAAUCCAGACCCCAAUGAGGUUAAAAGCUAUCGUUAUGUGUCAAAGGAAGAACUAAAAGAGUUGAUGAGAAAAGCAGCUAGAGGUGAAGUUAAGAUAACUCCGUGGUUUAAGAUUAUUGUAGAAGCUUUUCUCUUUAAAUGGUGGGACAACUUAGAUCACUUGAGUCAGUUUGUGGACCAUGAGAAAAUACAUAGAAUGUGAAUAUAUAGAUAACUACUAGUGUCUUUACCUAGUGAAUCAGAAUUUUUUUAUUGUGUUGAGCUCCCUCUUAAGACUUUGUCAUGAUACAUGGGUACUUUACAACCAAAAUGUGUGGGAAACCAACUAACUUGUAAUUCUGUAUCAUGUACUCCUCAUAUUUGUACUGCUAGUUGUUUGUAAGAGAUUGGGUUGCAAUGUAGAAAUGCAAAUACAGGUUAAUUUAGCCUGUCCAAGCACAGGGGUAUGACAAAUUUGAAAAAAUAAGUAAAGCUCUUCCCUUUUCAACUUUUUCAAAGUACUAGUUGCCAGGUGCUUUAUGUAUCAGUAAAUUUGUAUCCUAGUCCAGAAAAAUAGGUAAGGAAAACUCUUUGGGUACCUCAAAACAGUCCUACUAGAUUAAACUGGCAGAGCAAGUUCAAAAGAAAUGAAAUGAUUUAAGCGUCAUGUCUCAGUUACAGACAGGAUUGGUUUAAGGCUCCUCUCAUCCCAAAAUGUGGAGAUACUAAAGUUCCUUGUACAUAGUAAAAUAGUGUAGUAUUUGCAUAUGCCCUAUGCACAUCUUGCCCUAUAGCUUAAAUUGUCUAUAGGUUGCUUAUAUUAACUAAUACUAUGUACAUGCUGUGGAACUAUUACACCACGUCAUUUAGAAAAUCAUGAUAAGAAGCCUGUACAUAUUCAGUGCAGAAGCUUUGCCUCUUUCAGAUUAUUUUCAUUCCACAUUUGUUUGGAUGCUUUGUUCCCACAGGUAAGAUGCCAGUUGUAAUUCUGAUUUGUAUCAUUUUAAGUUGCUUUUAUGGUUUAUUCAUUCUGGAAAGUUAUCAUUCUGAUACUUAGAGUGAAUUCUUUUGGUAAUGAUGUCAGUUAGAGAGAACUUUAAAUGGGAAUUUUAGUUAGGAAAGUCUGUUUUGAGAAUUACAGUACCCAGAGAGGAAACUCAAAAUGGGAAUUAGGUUUCACUUACUAGGAGUUAGCCAUUGGUCAUAUCAGCCUUUGGUGUUUGUCAUUCUUUGCUGGGUGCAUGGUAGGAUGAGUGAGUAGCAUCGUCUACUCUACACACUAAUUGCCAUUUUGCACCUUUUUGCCGUGAUGACCACAAUUACAUCAGCAACACAUGGGCCCUGGAGGGCAGAGAGUCACCACUAGUUGAGAACUCCUGAAAACUAUCAGAACUUACAUUGGGAGGUAAUAAUCAAGGAUUGAUGUUCAUGCUGAAUACAUUUUAGUUGUGAUAUAUGUGUAAAUUAAAUUUAAAAUUAUACCCUGAUUAAUGCAUUUUUAAAACUUGCCAUAGAUUUCUCAAAUUCGAAUCAUAAGAUAGUUUCAUUACUCUUAAAUACUAUAUAAUGUUUGUGAAUGAAAAAACAAGCUAAAUGGUUUAUAAAUUCAUGUGUUGUUGACCCUGGCUACUUAAUUUAUAAUUGCAGAGAAAACUAUGUAGCAAUAUUUAUUUUGUUGAAAAAUAAAAAUGUUGUUAGAUUUUAA